AUGGAUAAUACAGGAAGACAUAUUCAGCGUCAUGAGGAUGACUUUAAUGUUUCCAUGGGUUUAAAUACAACAAUGCGAAUCAAACAUGGUAAAUUUAUCUCAACAUAUUAUGACAGUGACAUCAGCUCCCUGAAUUUAGUCUUGCGGGUUUUAAUAUCUAUUAUAAUCAUUGCUGGCAAUUCUCUGGUUAUAUUUGUUUCUAUAAAGAACAAGAUGUAUCUGCAAAUGAACAGGCGAAUACUUCUAAGUUUAAGUUUUGUUGAUUUGGCAACUGGUGUUUUUGGAAUUUGUUGGGUCGCUCUGGAUAAAGCAUCAGGAAGUAUAGCUAUCAGUCUUACUACUGUAAUUUUUGAAAGUAUGUGGUGUUGUGUGUACGUGUCCGAAUGGCAUCUUUUGGUUUUGGCGGGCGAGAGGUACUUAGCCGUGGUAUAUCCUUUUCGUUAUUUACAAUUGGCGUCUACCAAACGUGUUAACCUCGCUAUUGCACUCGCCUGGAUGAGUGGUACAAUAAUCGGCUUAUACAUAUCGUUCCUUGUUUUUAUGAUGAAUGAUAAAAUAUAUGCAUUUCUCAGUUCCUUAAUUUUCCAAUUGUUAGCAUUCAUCUGUUUGUGCUUUUGCCACAUGAAAGUAUACAUCGAAGCAAAACACCAAGUUUCUAAAAUUUCUUCUAUUGAAAAUCAGUUGGUUCGUCAGGAAACAGCAAACAAUAGAACAGCUGAGAACCGUGCGACAAAGACAACGAUGCUAGUAUUUGGUGCCUACUUGAUUUGCUAUUUUCCGUAUAUUAUUUACAUCAUACUAUCAUGUAUUAACUAUAACAGAAAGUUGGAUUUCAAUCCAACAUUGCUUGGUUAUCUUGUCACUCUUAUCUAUGCUAACUCAGGAAUGAAUCCAGUCAUAUAUUCCUGCAGAAACAAAGUCUUUAUGAGAAAUGCUAUUGAUUCACUACUACGCAAUCGAAGAAGAGAAACAAGGAAUACGCAAAUCCAAGGAAGUGACGUUCCUAUUACAUUUUCUAUGGAUUUAAAUAAGACAAUGCAAGUCCAACACACCGACUUUCGCAGUACCCUAGAUGCGCUUACUGGUAGCGACAUCACCAUCCUGCCUCUAGUAUUGAGAACUUUAGUAUCUGUUAUAAUCAUUGCUGGCAAUUCUCUGGUUGUAUUUGUUUCUAUAAAGAACAAGAUGUAUCUGCAAAUGAACUGGCGAAUACUACUAAGUUUAAGUAUCAUUGAUUUGGCAACUGGAGUUACUGGACUUGCUUGGAUCGUUCUAAGUAAAGUGCCACAGGGUAUAACUACAAUCGUUCUCACUAUUGCAUUUCAUAUUAGUAUGUGGUGCUGUAUAUAUAUUUCUGAAUUGCAUCUGUUGGUUUUGGCGGGCGAGAGGUACAUAGCCGUUGUAUAUCCUUUCCGUUAUUUACAAUUGGCGUCUACCAAACGUGUUAACCUCGCUAUUGCACUCGUAUGGAUGAGUGGUACAAUGCUCUGUUUAUCUGCUUUUGUAAAUAAUAGAACAUAUUUUCUCGUUUCCAUAAUUUUCAAAAUAUUGGCAUUCAUAGGUUUGUCUUUUUCUCACAUGAAAGUAUACAUCGAAGCAAAACACCAAGUUUCUAAAAUUUCGUCUAUCGAAAAUCAGUUGGUUCGUCAAGGAACAGCGAACAAUAGAAAAGCUGAGAACCGUGCAACAAAGACAACGAUGCUAGUAUUUGGUGCCUACUUGAUUUGCUAUUUCCCGAAUACUAUUUACAUCAUACGAUGCUUAAUACUAUUUGGUACCGAAUUUGAAGCAAGAUUCAAUUACAAUUCAACAUUGCUUAGUUAUCUUGUCAUUCUUAUGUAUGCUAACUCAGCAAUGAAUCCAAUCAUAUAUUCCUGGAGAAACAGAAUCUUUAUGAGAAGUGCUAUUGAUUCACUACUACGCAAUCGAGAAAGAGAGACAAUGAGCGUAAUAUAUUGACAAUUUUAUGCUACAUUUCUAUUAAUUCUAUCAUAUUUUGCGUCCUAUACUGUAGUUUUUACCUUUUUGCCCUA